AUGGCAGAUCGUCGUUUGACAGUGUGGGAGAUUGCAGAAGAGGUUGGAGUGAGUAGAGAUUCUGCACAAGCAAUUUUGCGUGAAGAUUUGAACAUGAACCGAGUAGCUGCGAAAUUCGUACCCAAGUUGUUGUCCCUGGAACAAAAAGACCUCCGUUUUGACAUUGCACAGGACCUUCUGGACACCGCCAACACUGAUCCUGGGUUUCUGAAUAACGUGAAAACUGGAGAUGAGUCAUGGGUGUACGGGUACGAUCUAGAAACAAAAAGACAGUCGUCGCAAUGGAAGCAUCCCGAUUCUCCAAAGCCGAAGAAAGAGCAGCAGGGGCGAAGCAAAAUCAAGGUGAUGCUGACUGUUUUCUUUGAUGUCCGUGGAAUUGUGCAUCGCGAAUACGCACAUUAA